CCAGAAAGAAUAGUUGCGCAACCCUCUGAGACAGUGAAGGAUGUGACCCGUUUCUCUAUGCACUUCUUACCCACAACUCACUGCGCUCGUUCUUAGUGGAGAAACAUGGCGUCGAGGGCACCAGCAGCAACAGGCAGGCUCCUGCUUGGCUUCCGCAAAUGGUACUACAACAUGUGCGGCUUCAAUAAAAUCGGUUUGAUGCGAGAUGACACAAUCUACGAGGAUGAGGACGUGAAAGAGGCCCUGCGGAGGCUCCCGGAGAAUAUGUAUAACGACAGGAUGUUCAGGAUCAAGAGAGCCCUGGACCUCUCCAUGAAGCAGCAGGUCCUCCCUAAAGACCAGUGGACAAAAUAUGAGGAGGAUGUUCACUACCUGACACCAUAUUUGGAGGAAGUGAUUCGUGAGAGGAAAGAAAAAGAGGAGUGGAUGAAGAAGUAAAAUGGUUGUUGGAGAAGCUGCUAUUCCUUGUCUUUGGUCUGGUGUCUGGUUAUCCCUGGUUGUAAUAUAUAAAAUAAAUUGUAAUCUAUACAAGGCUGCGUGUUCAUUAAAGAAAUUUACCCUUUGAAAGAGGUGGAAGAGUCAGGCUUUUGUAAAUAUUAGACAGUGAUAAACUGCAUCGUUAUUAACAGUGAUUUAUUGGUAUGGAAGAGUGAAUAUCACAUUUGUAUCACCUAAAGUAGGAACUGAGUUGUUGCAAAAUUCACCUUUUACCCUUGCAUACCCCCCCCAUAUAUAAAAUAAUCACUAAAACCACACUACCUGACACCAUAUUUGGAGGAAGUGAUUUGCGAGAGGAAAGAAAAAGAGGAGUGGAUGAAGAAGUAAAAUGGUUGUUGGAGAAGCUGCUAUUCCUUGUCUUUGGUCUGGUGUCUGGUUAUCCCUGGUUGUAAUAUAUAAAAUAAAUUGUAAUCUAUACAAGGCUGCGUGUUCAUUAAAGAAAUUUACCCUUUGAAA